UUUUUUUUUAUUUCCUCUCAACACACAGGAAACGAAAAACGGCCAUGUUGGCUCAACAGAAGAGCUGAAGUCUCCUUUAAGUUAUUUGAAAUGGUUGAUCCAACAUGGAGAACAACGACUUGCAGUUUCACACGUUACGUCAAUUCCGUCUGUAGGCAGCGCAUGCGCAUUAAAGUUUGGAGCGUAGCUGCUGGAGUGUCAUGGGCAGCUGACAAUUGAGCGAGUGCCCUAGCUUUUAAUGUGGCCUGUUAUAGACGUUGCCGGAUUGCAUAAAGUCAUUUUAAAACGUGAUACCACGUCUGUUCAAUGGGUGCCGUGGAAAGCACCGAAGGAGAAAGGGAACCUUUGCUGGUUCCUUCCCAGCCGGCGACAAACACACAGCCUGUGUUCAGCAGGGUGUAUAUGAGAAGAUGGGUUGUUCUCACCAUGUUUUCAUUGUUGGGGUUUAUGCAAGGACUUGUGUGGAACACCUGGGGCCCGAUCCAGAUCUCAGCCAAGCAUGUGUUCGGGUUCUCAUCGACAGAUAUCGCGGUGCUGGUGAUGUGGGGUCCAGUGGGUUACCUGCCCUGGCUGCUGUUUAUGUGGUUGAUGGAUAAGAAAGGUUUGCGAGCAUCUCUGCUGCUGUCAGCAUUUUUCAUGGUGCUGGGCGCAGCGUUACGAAGUGUUCCCCUCAAAGACCUGCACUACAGACGCUGGAUGAUUCAUGGAGGUCAACUUCUAAAUGGUUUAGCUGGUCCUACCAUUAUGAGUGCUGGUCCUUUGCUCUCUACUACUUGGUUUGCUCCUGAUCAGAGAGCUACAGCCACGGCUGUUGCAUCGCUUAUCAGCUACCUGGGGUCAGCCUGCGCCUUUCUGAUUGGUCCGUUGGCUGUCCCUGCACCCAAUGGCACUGUGGGAAGCACCAUUUACUGGAACCAAAACCACAUAGGAGACAGGAUACAGUUUGUUCUUUAUGCAGAGGUUGGGAUGAUUGCAGCACUUUUUGUGGCUGUGCUGUUGUACUUCCCCUCCAGGCCACCCAUCCCUCCCAGCGUGGCAGCGGCUAGCCAACGUCUCAGCUACAGGAACAGCAUCUGCAGGCUGCUGAGCAACAUGCGUUUCCUGAUGAUAGCACUCGCCUACUCCGUGCCCACAGGGGUUGUUGCCGGCUGGGCUGGUGUGUUGGACAUGAUUUUAACACCUGUUAAAGUCAGCCAGGUGGACGCUGGCUGGAUCGGGUUCUGGUCCAUAGUUGGAGGCUGUGUGUUUGGUGUGGCCAUGGCGAGGUUUGCUGACUAUAUUCGAGGAAUGCUGAAGCUGAUUUUGGUGCUGAUGUUUGCCGGAGCAUCCUUGGCGGCCACCUGGUUCACUCUCACCUGCCUGACCAGGCUUACUCACCUGCCCUCCACUAAAGCCACUCUCUACACUUCCUGCAUCCUGGUGGGUAUCUUCAUCAACAGUAGUGUGCCCAUCUUCUUGGAGCUGUUCAUUGAGACGGUUUACCCUGUUCCUGAGGGCAUCACCUGCGGAGUGGUCACCUUCCUCAGCAACCUCUUCACUGGACUUAUGCUGUUUUGCCUCACCUUUUACUUCACAGAGCUGUCCUGGUUGAACUGGUGUCUGACAGGCUCCUGCAUCUUCAGUCUCCUGCUCCUCCUCUUCUUCAGGGAAUCGUAUGACCGCCUCUAUUUGGAUGUCUUUGUCUCUGUCUGAGCACACAGCGUGAGCUUUUUUCAGCAGAAGACUACAGAAGAAGUCUUUUUAUGGGCACUAUAUUCCAGCAGAGAAAUUUUUUAUGUUGUAGUUGUGAAAUAUAUGACCAGCAGUGAUGGCAGUGCAUUGUGUUAGCAUCAUAACUAACAGCGGGAACUGAGAACUGACUAAGGAAGAAAGAAGUGUAGAUAUUGACCUUUCUACUUGACAUUUUGUCUCCUGGACACAUCCCUUUUUUACGUUUUAUUUGACUUUUUAAAAUAUUUGUAUGAAUUUUUUUUUUUAAUGAUUAAUGGAAAUUAUCUGUUUACAUACUGGCACAAUAAAAGGGACCUUUAUUGCUUAGAGAGACAUAGAUACAAGCGGAUCUAUUCACUGAUUUGGCAGCGCCCCAUGGUGAUGACUCCUGUAGUGCUCUCACCACAUCUAAUGGGAGUGUAAUGGAUAAUUAUAGACAAGCUCAAUUAGCCACCUGGCGGGAGCUAUGGCCGUCUGUGGACCGGGGACCUCUUAGAGCUUAGUGUCACUUGUGAAUAGCCUGUGGGAUCCAAGCUUUAAUUGACCUGUGAUAGUACUGUCAAUAAGUGGCAGAAGCUGUGGUCCUCCAGUCUUCUUGUUUUCCAUAUCAACCCAUAUUAUGCAAAGAAUAAUCCACUCCGCUGUGGUGUUUAGCUAAUCACCUUGCAUCCAUUAGUCUGAUUCUGGGUCAUGCUACAUCAAGGCAUCUGAGGUCACAGUUUAUGUGAUGAGGGAUCUGUUUUAUUCAUGUUUAGGUAGCCAUUUGUGUUCGUCCCAUUCUCAUGUGAAGGCUUGGUUUAUAGCUGUAGCAUGCGCACAGUGGGUGUCUGUUGCACAAGCCUUUUAGAAUUGUAUGCAAUUGAUCAUGCAUUUAAAUGUAAUUUAUUAACUAAUUUUAGUGAUUAAUACACUAAUGUUGACAAUAAGGGAUUGUUAAUGGUUUUUAUGUCUGAGUACUGUUGCAGAAGAGCAUUUAAACAUGGCAUUAUGAACUGCUGGAACAGUACAACACUAUUCACCAGCAAUAAUAGCCACCAUGUUCUGUAGCCUGUCAUGAUUUGUGGCAUACACUUAUGCAAAAACAAGUGCAAUACUCCCUCUCAAAUUUUUAAAUACAGCCUGUUGUAUAACCCAUGCACACUCUGGGCUAUUCUUUCCUGCAUUUUCAACAUCACCAUAAAAAUGGAUCCCAUCUGUAUCUGGACUGCUUUGCCACUUUCACUUUGCUGUGAAAGGUGAAAUUUGGUGGCUUGAGGCUUAAAAGAAUCUCUGUCUGCUGUUGGAUUUAGUGUUGACUUCAGUGGAAUUGAUUGACGGUUAUCAGUGGAAAGGAAAAGUGUUUUACGGACACGCUGAAUCCCACGUUUCCACAGCUUUCCAACCGAGAACUUUGGACACACACACGGUUCUGUUCUUCUCUGGGAAAAGCCUGCAUGUGAAUCACUUUUUCGUGUCUUUGUACAGAACAGUUCUCUAUUUUACCUGUUGUUAACGAUGCCUUAAUUAACAGUGACCUUUGUUCUGUCCUCCUCUUCACUGUGAUUGUGCUGCAGUCGGUGCUUGUGCUCUGUUCUGUCACUGUAAUGCUAAUCGUAAGUGGCACUGGAGAGGCGUACGUGCCCCUGUCCAUUUACAGAAAUAUGUCAAAGAUUUUUUAGCACCUUAUU